CGCAGACGGUGUUCAGCUCCAGUCGGUGAGCUGCAGCCUUCAUCAGCCUUCAUCAGCCUUCAGCGGCUCCUUGUUGUCACGGCUCGGCUCGGUCCGGAGACGUCGCUGCUCUAGCCGGGCCUUUCUCCGCUCACCAUGGAGUUUUUACUGGGGAAUCCUUUCUCCACGCCGGUGGGACAAAUGAUCGAGCGUGCGACCGGUUCCAGCCUGCCAACUGAAGACUGGGCGCUGAACAUGGAAAUCUGUGAUACGAUCAACAGCUCAGAGGAAGGCCCCAAAGAUGCACUCAGAGCCGUAAAGAAAAGGAUUGUAGGGAACAAGAACUUCAAGGAGGUUAUGCUGACGCUCACUGUUCUGGAGACCUGUGUGAAAAACUGUGGCUACAGGUUUCACAUCCUGGUGACGACGAGGGACUUUAUAGAAGGAGUUCUGGUCCGAUCGAUCAUCCCGAGGAACAACCCUCCAGCGAUCCUGCACGACCGAGUGCUCAGCAUCAUACAGGCGUGGGCUGAUGCAUUCCGCAGCUCACCCGACCUGACGGGCGUGGUGUCGGUCUACGAAGACCUGCGAAGGAAAGGACUGGAGUUUCCAAUGACCGAACUAGACGGUUACUCACCAGUCCAAGCUUCAAAAAAGACUUUGCCUGGGAAUGGGCCUGCUGUUACUACUCUCCCUGCUGUGCUCCUGUCUUCCAAACCUCCGCUCAUCCCACCUCAGACCUCUGAGCUAAAACUGGCCCUUGAGGGAAGCAAUGCCCUCACUCCCAGCCAGAUAAAAACGCUGAAGACAGAGCUGGGAGUGGUGCGGAGUAACCUGACCAUGAUGUCCGACAUGAUGAGUCAGCUGGAUCCAGUCACGGUAAAACAAGCAGACAUGGAGCUGCUGGAGCAGUUAUACACAGUUUGUAAGGAAAUGCAAGACAGGAUAGUGAAGAUUGUCCCCAGACUCAGCGAAGAGAAGCUGAUAGAAGAGUUACUGGCAACUAAUGAUGAAAUGAACACAGCCUUCACUCGCUACCACAGGUUUGAAAGGCGAAUAACAAACGGUCAAAGCACAGCACAGAAGAGUCACACAUACGUCAACCUAACAGACCUCGAUUUGAAAAGUGAAUCUUUUAACCAAUCGGGGGUUGUAACCAGCGACAGCUCACUCAGUUUGUCAAAAACUGACAGUUUGUCCAGUCAGAUGGCAAAACUAAGCACAAGUGAAUCAGAUGACACAUUAUCACACAGAGUAAAUGUCUUAACUCGACAAAGACCAAGCGAUCACGGUGAAGUGGACGGCUUGGCUCAAGCUCAGGACGGCAGACUACAAAACACUGGAACGGAUGACAGUCCAGCGUCCACCCGCAGCUCCUCACCAAAGUUAGAUUGGAUGAUUAAAAGGGGAAUGAUUCCCAUCACCCAGUCCAAUGUAAUGGAUGAUAUUGAGAAAUGGCUUGCAUUGGAUGAUGAGUAUGAUGACUUUGAGGACUCGGAUGGUGUGACCAGUGAAGAAUUUGACAAGUUUUUGGCAGAGAGAGCGAAAGCAGCUGAUCGCCUGCCAUCGCUGAGAGCUUCCUCACAGGACACCAACCACUCCGAGUCUUAAGCCAACAAACUUGCCAAACUAACGUUACCCAUAAGGCUCCUGUGCUACCGGCUGGAUAACGGGGAUUCCUGAUUGAUGAAAAGUUCGGUGGCACAUUUGAUGGCGGAAUUGCAGUCCGUGUUUGAGGAACUACGUCGUACAUGUGUACUCUGCGCUUUACUGGAGAGCAAACAUGUUUCUAACUGAUAAAAAAUAAUGUUAUUUGAUGAAGGACUAAAGUUUUUACUUGAUAUUGUUCUGGGGGUUUGUCCAUGAGCAAACAUUUGCACAUUUUAUAUGGUUACAUUCCUGCUGUUGAAGGAGAAAGUGGAUCUUGUUACAAAAAUUUGCAACAUAGAUUAUGUAUUAUAUUGCUGUUAUAUAAAUAUAUAUAUAUAUUGUUCAUGAUUAUGAUGAUGGGUUAAGGAAAAGGCCCCUGAUAAGGUAGCAAACACUAAACUUAUAAGAGAAGCUCAGCUAAGACAAACUGUAAUAGUUUGAUGCUUCACAUCGUUAUUGAUGUUGGAUGUUGAAGAGUUUUUUACAUCCAAAUUUUCCCAUGAAAAUGUUUUACUUGAAGUUUAAAAGUCAUGACACAUGGCUGUCAUUUAUUAAACUAAAAUUAUUAACUGGA